UGCAUCCUGAAACUAAUCUGCAUAUCUGAAGCUUAUCAGAUAGACACAGUGAUUAAUCUGAACAUGCCCUUCGAAGUCAUUAAGCAGCGUCUCGCCGCACGCUGGGUUCAUCCGGCCAGCGGCCGAGUCUACAACAUCGAAUUCAACCCUCCCAAAGCCAUGGGCAUUGAUGACCUGACAGGGGAGCCUCUCAUUCAGCGGGAUGAUGACAAGCCAGAGACGGUUGUCAGGAGACUCAAGGCUUAUGAAUUCCAAACACAGCCGGUCCUGGAAUAUUACUGGAAAAAGGGAGUAUUGGAAACCUUCUCUGGAACAGAAACCAACAAGAUCUGGCCCCAUGUGUAUGCUUUCCUACAAACAAAAGUUCCACAAAUAAACCAGAAAGCAUCAGUUACUCCAUGAGGAAAAGUGUACAUCACCAGUAAGAUGAGCAGAGACUCCUCGCCUGUGCAUUUAGAAGCUCCGUGUUCUGAGACUGGCAUGUAUGAAUUCUUUGAAAAUUAUAUUAGUUUCACUUCUACUGAUUUCAUUCUGGAAAUUAAGAAUGGGCCAAAUGAGUCCGAUACUAAGAUUCAUCUUUUUGUCUACCCAGGGUAUCUUCUAUGGGUAUGUAAUUUAAAAACAUCAGAUGUCCUAAUUAAAAGAGCAAUUGGUAGUAAUAUUGACUUUUGUUCAGAAGAGUAAGUGGUUGAUAAAAAAUUUUCUUAUUCUUUGGAGAAGCUAAAAACAUUUCCAUGUCACUCGGUAAAGUAUCUCAUCAGAGAAAUGUGUUGUAGACUGAUGCCAAAACCCAGCAUCGUUAGCACCGCGGUACAUGGUUUUGUGAAACACUAUCAAAUUCUAGAAGGGAGAGAACCUUAAGCUGGCUCCACGCUCAGCACAGAGCCCCGUAUGGAGUUCGAUCUCAUGACCCUGAGAUCAUGACCUGAGAUGAAAUCAAGAGUUGAAGGCUUAACUGACUGAGC